GCAUCUAGGCAAAGCCAAGCCCGAAGUAGUAGGCAGACAGUCGCAAGUGGAGAUGAGGCGAUAUGGUGGUGCAGAGUUCUAUCUGCUGCUUCUGGUGGUGGUACUCAGGUUGCCAUUCCUGGGUGCAUACGGCGUUCUAGGAAGCCAGGACGACAGUAGGACGCUUCCGUCCGCAUCCACUCUCGCUCAUUGUCCAAAGCGUUGCGGCAACCUCACCUUUGAUUAUCCCUUCGGCAUCGGCUCCGGCUGUUUCCGAAAUCCAGACUUCGAGCUCACCUGCGACAACACCGCUCACCCGCCCAAGCUGCUCUUAUGCGACGGCACUACUCAAGUUAUCCAUUUCUAUAUGGAGAUUGAAUCGGACCCGUUCUUCUACAGCAAGAUUCUCGUCGCCUUUUCGCUGAACAUUCCUAUAAGAUCUGGUGUCGAUGUUUAUGACAUGUCCUGGAAAACUCCAGGCAGGUCUUUGAAUACCUGGGGUUUCAGGCUGAACAUCACUGGUUGCGACUUCGAUGUAUACAUGGUCGAUAAGUCAAAUGAAACCACACUGAGCUGCACAAGUUCCUGCCCGGAUGAAAGAAUCACAGAGGCUUUUGCUAAUGAGAAUUGCAAUGGUACCGGAUGUUGCUCCAUUAUUGCGAAUGCUCUUGUGACAACCAUCAGCAUCAGGAUUGUUCGUCACAACAAACGCAAACUCAGAUCCCUUGAUGGAGGUUCAUUAUGGGACAGAAUCACAUUAAGUUCCAGUGACACGGACCUCUCAUGGGCCAUUGUGGAUCAACCAAACUGCGCAAGCACGGAGGAAAAAAAGGCAAAUUACGCAUGUAUCAGCAGCAACAGCAGCUGCGCCGACGAAGGAAGGUUUUUGAUAAAUUAUGGGUACCUCUGCCGCUGCAAUGAUGGUUAUUUGGGGAAUCCUUACAUCCUACAUGGUUGCUCACGUGACAAAGGGUAUAAUCCAUCCGAGCAAAGAGCUAGUUGUGCACGUUCAUGUGGGAACAUUAGCAUUCCAUUUCCAUUUGGCUUGGAGGAAGGAUGUUUUGCCAGAAAAGAAUUUUUUCUCAACUGUACAAAUACAUCUUAUGUCACCCUGGGUGACACUGUCCAGGUGACCAACAUAAGCAUUAACGAGGGGCUCAUCAAGUAUAACUCAAUUUACACGAUGGAGAUCGCUGACAGUGAAGGUCCGGAACUUUAUGUCCAGUCUGGUGAAUCAGCGUCCAUGCAAUGGGCUGUUGCAAAUUUAACCUGUUCAGAGGCACAGCAGAAUACCUCUGGAUAUGCAUGCGUGAGUACAAACAGCAUAUGUAUACCGGUUCAAACUACUGAUUUUACAUAUAUAGGCUAUCGUUGCAAAUGCUCAAACGGCUUUCAGGGGAACCCGUACGUCACAAAUGCUUGCAAAGACGUUGAUGAGUGCCUCCUGCCAAAUAGUUGUGCCGGAAUAUGCCACAAUACCAUAGGAGGCUUCUACUGUAGUCAUUGCCCUCAUAAAACAGAGUAUGAUGCGGGAAAAAUGAAGUGUUCUCCAACAAAGCAACAAAAUCUUCUCUUGGGCGUCACCAUUGGAUUGUCCAGUGGCUUAGCAGUUGUACUUCUCAUCCUAUUUGGGAUAUUACUUAUUCGUAGAUGGAAAAGAGAUAUAAAAAAGCGACUAAGGAAGAAAUACUUCUGCAAAAACCAAGGAAUUCUAUUGGAACAAUUAAUAUCACCACGGGAAAACGCAAGUGAAACGACUAAGAUUUUUUCGUUGGAGGAGCUGGAAAAGGCAACAGAUAAUUUUCACCCUACACGUAUCCUGGGCCGUGGAGGACAUGGUACGGUUUACAAAGGAAUAUUGUCUGAUCAGCGUGUGGUGGCGAUUAAGAAGUCUAAGGUCAUCGAGGACGGUGAGAUCAAUCAGUUUAUCAACGAGGUUGCAAUCCUCUCUCAGAUAAACCAUCGAAAUAUUGUUAGUCUAUUCGGAUGCUGUCUGGAAACUGAAGUCCCAUUAUUGGUAUAUGACUUCGUCCCCAAUGGUUCCUUAUUUGAAAUUCUUCAUGCCAAUCGAAGUCAUGAAUUCCCUUUAUCUUGGGAUGACAUCCUAAGGAUUGCCGUAGAAGCUGCAGGAGCUCUUUAUUAUCUUCAUUCUUCAGCUUCAGUGUCAGUAUUCCACCGUGAUGUAAAAUCAUCUAACAUACUUCUGGAUGAAGACUACACCGCUAAAGUUUCUGAUUUUGGAGCUUCCCGAUUGGUUCCAAUCGAUCAAACCCAUGUUGUCACAAACAUACAGGGCACGUUUGGAUACUUGGAUCCAGAGUAUUACUAUACUGGCCAUCUGAAUGAGAAGAGUGAUGUUUACAGUUUUGGUGUGGUGCUUCUGGAGCUACUCAUUAGAAAGGAGCCUGUUUUUACAAAUGAGUCUGGGAUAAAGCAAAGCUUGUCAAAUUACUUUCUAUGCGAGAUGAACGGGAAGCCAAUUACAGAGGUAGUACACGAGAAAGUUCUUGAGGAGGCAACCGAGGAAGAAAUAAAAAAUCUUGCCUCACUUGCGGAGUUGUGUUUGAAGGUACGAUGUCACGAAAGACCAAAUAUGAAGCAAGUGGAGAUGGCGCUGCAGUUUUUGACGAGAAAACGGUCCAACUCACGCAUGGCCGAUCAUGGAAUAGAAGAAACGAUUGAGGAGUUUCUAACUACACGAACUGGGUCGACUUCUGACUCGUUGCCUGCUGACUUCGAUGACAGAGCUAAUUCAUCGUCUCAGCACAGCGACAGAUGCUAUAGCAUGGAGCAAGCACUUUUGCUCUCAGCUACUUUACCGCGCUAGCCAGAUGUACGGUUAUGAAUAGGGAAAAUCUUGGAAGAUUAGCGACAUGUAUAAGCUUCCAUUAUCUCUUGCUUCUAUGUUCUAUGUAUGGGUCCAGAUAUGUUGGGGCCCCGAGGCAAAACAUCAGUGCGAGGCUUCACUCGUACACAAAUACACUAACUA